UCAUUUCUUAUAUUUAUCCGCUAUUUGUCGGUGUGUUUUGCUAUUACUUUAACUACUUUUUAACAUUCGUAUCUCUAAUAUCAUAUAUAUUUUUCUCAAUACAUUGUGAAUGAAUUGCCAAUUGAUUAUAUGUGUUAUGCCGUGCGGUCACUGACUUGUGUUUUGUCUGUUAUCCAAAUAUCUUAACGAAAUCUCCAGGACUUGAAGGACUUCAUGAGACAGGCCGGGGAAGUGACGUAUGCGGACGCACACAAACGCGAACGCAAUAUGGGACCCGGCGCCGGUCGAGGUCGCGCUCCCGUUCCCGCUCGAGGUCUCGCCGGAGCUCGAAGUCCAGGAGCCGCAG